AUGGUGGGGCGGGCGCCGAGGGGCGCGGGCAGCACCCACAGCCCGGACGGCGCCCGGCGCGGCGAGCCACGGCCGGCCAGCAUAAAUAUGGCUGAACUUUCAGAGACAGAAGGUACUGUAAACUGGAAGGAAAGAUGUUUAACUUUGGAGUCACAGUUAAUGAAAUUUCGUCUCCAGGCAAGCAAGAUCAGAGAACUGUUAGCAGAAAAGAUGCAGCAGCUUGAGAAGCAAGUUAUAGAUGCUGAUCGUCAAGCAGAGAGAGCAUUUCAGCAGGUGCAGAUUAUGGAAGAGAAAUUAAAAGCAGCAAAUGUUCAAACAAGUGAAUCAGAAACCAGGUUGUAUAAGAGAUGUCAAGAUCUGGAGAUCCUGAUACAAGAUAAAAAUGAUAUAAUACAAAAAUUGGAGCAACAACUUGAAGAACAGAAGCAAAUAAGACUGCAAGAAGCAAAAAUCAUAGAAGAAAAAGCAGCUAAAAUAAAAGAAUGGGUGACAGUCAAGCUUCAUGAGUUAGAGGUGGAAAAUCAGAACCUUCGCUUGAUCAACCAAAAGCAAACCAAAGAGAUGAAAACAGUACAAUCUAAACUGCAAGAAGCUACUGGUAAGAAAUCUGUUACUUCAACACAAAAGCCUGGAGAGUGUCAGCGACUAAGCAGUUUGACUUUUGGAUGCUUUUCAAAUAGAGCAAGAAGUCCUCAACCAUCUCCUAAGCUUGAAGAAAUAAGCAAGGCUUCAUCUAAGGAGUCAGACUACCCUGAGGGCAAAAACAUGCCAGAGAAGGAUAUCCUGGAAACUACCUUUGCUGGUCCUGUACACGAGACAAAUAAAGGUCAGAAGUCAUUGCAACAAAGUUCCUCUGGUUCAGAGCAGAACAAAAAUGUGAGAACAAGCUGCUCAUCCAAAGACAUAGACAGUGACAUGUCAAAGAACUCAUGCACUACUGGGAGUGACUGGAGCUCAGAUGAGGAUGGAGGAGACAAUAAAGGACUGAAAUCCAGGUGUGCAUCAACUCUUUCAAGCCACACAUCUGAAGAGAACACAAGGUACAGUAGAGUGGGAAGUGAAAUGUAUUUGACAGCAUCUGAUGACAGUAGUUCUCUCUUUGAAGAAGAGAGCUUUGAUGUUAAGAGGACUCAGCAAAAGAAGCUAUACUCAUGGCAGCAAGGGUCCCAAAGAAAAGGCCUGAACAAUCUGGGUGGAAAGUGCAACUCUGACUUCACAAGGAAAAAGAAAGACCAAGACAGUUCUUCAGAUGAACUGAAUAAGAAAUUUCAAUCACAGAGGCUUCAUUAUUCAUCCUCAUCCAGUGAGGCAAAUACCCCAAGUCCAAUUUUACUCAAACACCCAAUUCUAGCAACUUCUGCAGGUUCUCAAUGCACAACUCCAUCAGAUUUUCCCUCAAAUUUGCCACAUCCAAAGUUACGGACUCCUAAUGUCUUUAGUCUAAAUUCAGUGUUAGCAAAGAAACACCUAAGCCAGCCCCAGCUGAGUUCUGACAGAAUGUUUGGUAGGAACAGAAAUGCCAUAAGCAUGAUCCGUCCGUGGAGACCUCAGGAAACAGACAUAGAUCUGGUGGAUGGAGAAGAUGCUGAUAUUUUAGAGAAAAUGGAGAUUAGCUGUGAUGAAGGAGUGUUUACCUAUGACACCACUGAAGCACAAAAUGCUGAAGCCCAGGAACUUUGUGACAUGACAAAAAAGGGUGCUAGCAACAAACCUCCAACGCCUCCAUUGCAUCGAUUUCCUUCCUGGGAAAGUAGAAUUUAUGCUGUAGCCAAAUCUGGUUUAAGGAUGUCUGAAGCUUUCACCAUGGAAUCUCUUAAUAAAAAUGCUGUUUCACUGACUUCAUCCUCCAUAUCUGGAUUAUAUACUUCUCUGAUAUAUAAGAACAUGACCACUCCUGUCUACACCACUUUGAAAGGGAAAGCAACUCAAAUAAGCAGCAGCCCAUUUCUAGAUGAGUCGUCGGGAUCUGAGGAAGAAGACAGCUCUCGGUCCAGCUCAAGGACUUCCGAGUCUGACUCUCGGAGCAGAAGUGGUCCAGGGAGUCCUCGGGCUAUGAAACGAGGUGCAUCUCUGUCUUCUGUGACCUCGGAAAGUGACUAUGCUAUUCCUCCAGAUGCAUAUUCAGUAGAUACAGACUAUUCAGAGCCAGAGCAGAAACUUCCUAAGACCUCUUCCUCAUCUAGUGAUAAUGGAAAAAAUGAACCUUUGGAAAAAUCUGGAUAUCUGUUAAAAAUGGGUGGUAAAGUAAAGACCUGGAAACGACGGUGGUUUGUGCUUAAAGGAGGCGAAUUGCUGUAUUACAAAUCUCCAAGUGAUGUUAUUCGAAAGCCUCAAGGUCAAAUUGAGCUAAAUGCAUCCAGCCAUAUUGAAAGGGGUGAUGGAAAACAAACAAUUCAGCUGACCACAGAGAAACGAACAUACUACCUGACUGCAGAUUCCCCCAACAUCUUAGAGGAAUGGAUCAAAGUACUGCAGAAUGUUCUUAAAAUACAGGCUGCCAGCCCACUCUUUGUACAGUCUGAAAUCAAACCAACCAUGAAAGGAUUACUUACAAAGGUGAAACAUGGAUAUUCCAAAAGGGUUUGGUGUACCCUAGUUGGAAAAACUUUGUAUUAUUUCCGUAAUCAAGAAGACAAGUUUCCUCUUGGUCAAAUCAAGCUUUUUGAGGCAAAGGUUGAAGAAGUUGAUAGAUCCUGUGAUUCUGAUGAAGAUUACGAAGCCAGUGGUCGCAGUUUAUUAUCAACCCAUUACACUGUUGUUAUCCACCCCAAAGACCAAGGACCCACUUAUCUUCUUAUAGGAUCCAAACAUGAGAAGGACACGUGGCUUUAUCAUCUGACAGUUGCAGCUGGAAGUACCAGUGUAAAUGUUGGAUCUGAGUUUGAACAACUUCUUUGCAAAUUAUUAAAUGUGGAAGGUGAUGCCACUUCUCAAAUUUGGAGACAUCCUACCCUUUGCCAUAGCAAAGAAGGAAUUACUUCCCCUCUUACAACACUGCCAUCAGAAGCCUUGCAAACUGAAGCAAUUAAAUUAUUUAAGACCUGCCAGUUGUUUAUAAAUGCUGCAGUUGACUCUCCUGCCAUUGAUUACCAUGUAUCUUUGGCCCAAAGUGCUUUGCAGAUCUGCCUCACACAUCCUGAACUUCAAAAUGAGAUCUGUUGCCAACUUAUUAAACAGACCAGGCGUCGACAUCCACAAAACCAGGCAGGACCAAUACAGGGCUUGCAGCUCUUGGCCCUCUGCGUUGGACUCUUCCUGCCCCAGCAUCCAUUCCUUUGGCUUCUUAAACUUCACUUAAAGAAGAAUGCAGAUUCCAGGACUGAAUUUGGGAAAUAUGCUAUAUAUUGCCAGCGCUGUGUAGAACGUACCCAGCAGAACGGAGACCGAGAAGCCAGACCUUCCAGAAUGGAAAUCCUUUCCACUCUCCUGAGAAAUCCCUACCACCAUUCCCUGCCCUUCAGUAUUCCAGUUCAUUUCAUGAAUGGCAUAUAUCAGGUUGUUGGGUUUGAUGCCUCUACCACAGUAGAGGAAUUUCUGAACACUCUGAACCAAGAUACAGGGAUGAGGAAACCAGCUCAGUCAGGAUUUGCACUGUUUUCUGAUGAUCCCUCUGGCAAGGAUAUAGAGCACUGUCUUCAAGGAAACAUCAAGAUCUGUGACAUUAUUUCAAAAUGGGAGCAAGCCUCCAAAGAACAACACCCUGGGAAAUGUGAAGGCACAAGGACUGUCCGCCUAACUUACAAAAACAGGCUUUAUUUUUCAGUUCAAGUUCAUGGCGAGACAGACAGAGAGAAGCUGCUGCUAGUGUAUCAGACAAAUGAUCAAAUAGUCAAUGGACUUUUCCCUGUAAACAAAGAAUUAGCAAUGGAAUUGACAGCCCUUUUAGCUCAGGUAGAGAUUGGAGAUUUUGAACGGCCUUUCUCAACUCCAGCAGGGCAAGUCACUUCCCAGUCCAAGUCCAACCAAACCCUAAAGCAAGUUUUGGAGAAGUUCUACCCUAAGAGAUACAAGCAAGGUUGUUCAGAUGAACAGUUAAGACAGCUUUGCCAGCGACUGUCGACAAGAUGGAUGGCUCUCCGUGGGCACAGCGCCGCAGACUGCGUGCGCAUUUACCUCACCGUGGCCAGGAAAUGGCCCUUCUUUGGGGCUAAACUGUUUGCAGCAAAACCUCUAGCAACAGCCUCAGUUGAGAAGUCCUUCAUAUGGUUUGCUGUCCAUGAAGAUGGAGUAAGCAUCCUGGAUUACAGCUCCAUGAGGCUGACAGUUACAUACACAUAUAAGAGCCUGAUGACUUUUGGAGGCUAUCAAGAUGAUUUUAUGCUGGUUGUUAACAAUGCUCAGACAAAGGACAAAUCAACUGAAAAACAUCUUUUUGCCAUGACAAAGCCAAAGAUUCUUGAGAUCACUCUACUGAUUGCCAGCUACAUUAACAACUUUCAUCAGCUGAAAGGAGUUGCUCAUCACCUCUCUGCUCCAGCAUUACUGGCACCUCAAAGUGGACAGAAACUCAAGGAGAUGGGGAGCCAGCCACUUCUGGCAAUCAACAGACCAACUAAAUGUCCCACUUUGUUAUGAAAGGAUUAUGUAUCAUGAUAAUGCAUCCUUGGUGGAGG